GGCCACAAGAUCCCAAGGGAAGACAAACGAUAUGUGUAAAAUCCAGCCGAUAGAAAAUGAAUUCACCGAACAUCAAACAGCUUUAACUUUUGCCCAAUGUGCAUCUAUCGCUUCUCCUACAUCACAGUCAGACGGCGGAGUAGCAACAGAAUCUGCAAGACAAGCUCCAAUAAAAUUCGAUGACGCACCAAUUAUUGAUAUAGUACCAUCAGGUGGACCACCGCAACAGUUCCGGAAUCAAAAAUGGCAAUCAUCCAGAAUGUAAAGGAUAUUAUUUUUGAACAAUGUGCC